AUUUAAUGCCAUCCGGCCCUCGAUCUCAUUACUCUUGAUCUCUUCGUUUGUUCAUUGCAGAUCGAUGAUCUUAGAAGAAACAAUAAUAUUGAGAUUGAAUUAAACAAUCUGAUCGAUACACGGUACACCUAUACAUACAGAGAAAAUAUAUAAAAUGGCAACUAGUUCAUCAUCUGCAGCAGGUGGCAAGACGCAGAAAGACAAGAGAGAAGUAAUACGAUUGGAACGUGAAGCCGUUAUUCCAGUAUUGAAACCACGGCUCAUCAUGACUUUGGCCAACCUCAUUGAACAGAGUUCGGACCGGGCAGAGUUCUUGAAGCUCUGCAAGAGAGUUGAGUACAUGAUUCGAGCAUGGUAUUUUCUUCAGUUUGAAGAUCUUAUGCAACUAUAUGCACUCUUUGAUCCUGUUUACGGGGCUCAGAAAUUGGAGCAGCAGAACUUAUCUUCUCAAGAGGUCGAUAAUCUUGAACAGAAUUUCCUAAACUAUAUGUUUAAGGUACUUGAAAAGAGUAAUUUUAAAGUUAUUACCAAUGAGGAGAUUGAGGUUGCACACUCGGGGCAGUAUCUUCUCAAUCUUCCGAUCUCAGUGGAUGAAUCAAAGCUUGAUAAGAACUUACUGAAGAGGUAUUUCAAAGAACAUCCUCAAGAAAACCUUCCUGACUUUGCAGAUAAGUAUAUAAUCUUUCGACGUGGCAUUGGAAUUGAUCGUACGACUGAUUACUUUAUCAUGGAGAAGAUAGACGUACUCAUUGCACGUAUAUGGGCAUGGAUCAUGAGAGUGACUAGGUUGGAAAAGUUUUUUCCUAGAAAAUCAAAUAAACCAGUUGAGAAAUAUAUGAAGAAAGAUUUGACCAAAGAUAAUGAAAUUAGUGAUGAAGAAAUAAAGGAUGACUUAUAUGUUGAGCGGAUUCGGUUGGAAAAGUUGGAUUUCAGUUUACAGAAUUUGUCAAGUAAGAUUACAAUCCAAGAACCUACAUUUGACAGGAUUAUUGUCGUUUACAGGCUAGCAGGCACAAAAACAAAAAAGGAAAGAGGAAUUUAUGUGAAGCAUUUGAAACAGAUUCCAAUGGCAGAUAUGGAAAUAGUCCUGCCUGAGAAGAAAAACCCGAGUUUGACCCCAAUGGACUGGGUGAAAUUUCUUACCACUGCUAUACUCGGUCUGGCAGCUGCCACUGGUUCAAUUGAAACACCUCAAGCUGACUUUUGGGUCAUUGUUGCUGUUGUCUCCACAAUAGUUGGCUACUGCGCAAAAAUAUACUUCACGUUUCAAGCAAACAUGGAAACAUAUCAGAACUUAAUCACACAAUUCAUGUAUGACAAACAAUUGGAUAGUGGAAAAGGCACUCUUCUUCAUUUGUGUGAUGAUGUCAUUCAACAAGAAGUAAAAGAGGUUAUAGUGUCUUUCUUUAUAUUGAUGGAACAGGGGAAAGCAACUUUAAAGGAACUCGACCAUAAAUGUGAGGAACUACUGAAAGAGGAGUUUGGUGAAAGAUGCAACUUUGAUGUGGAUGAUGCAGUUCAUAAGUUAGAAAAGCUAGGCAUCAUUUCUAAGGAUCAAAUAGGAAGGUACUAUUGUGCUGGUCUUAAACGCGCAAAUGAGAUCAUUGGCACCACUACAGAAGAGUUGGUGCUUAAGGCAAGAGAAGAGGGUGGUUCUUAAACCUGCUAACAUGUGGCGUGCAGCCAUAUCACGGUUUUCUGGCAAGCAAUAGUUCUUCUGAGUUUACGUUUACA